AUGGACUUGAACUCGCGCUCGUCGACGCCGGAGGCACCUCCACAGGAUCUGUGGUCUUCGAUAUUAGACUCGGUCUCCUCAUCUCGGUCUAUACCCGCGAAGAACGUGCUUAUCCUUGGCGAGCCUUCUGCCGGGAAGUCAUCACUGACCUCCGCUCUACUUCAAAAACCGCCCGAGGAGGACACUGCAGAGGGUCAAGAUUUCGCGCUUGGUUAUGACUGGGCAGAUGUCCGCGAUGACGCCGACGAAGAUACCUUAGCAAGGCUGUCGGUGUACACCGUACCAUCAUCAGCACCAUCGUAUACCGCCUUGUUACCCCACUUUCUACCUCCGCGUUCUGCUUUGCCUCAUACGGCGGUCAUUAUUGUCCUAGACUGGACGCGACCAUGGACAUUCGUGGAGCAAUUACUCAAAUGGCUUGUGUGGGUUGAGUUCUGGACUCAAGGUGAUGGUUCACGGGACCUGGAGAUUGUUCGCGAAGAGAACCGCGAGAGACUGCAAUCCUAUCUGCAGCACUACGCGGAGCCCUCCUCGGAACCUCUAUCCGCAGCAGCCACGCAUUCGGACACGCUACUCCCGCUGGGUCAAGGUACACUGACUCACAAUGCCUCGGGUGUGCCGGUCAUAGUCGUGUGCACGAAAGCUGAUUUGAUCGACGAGAACAAUGAUUUGGUUGGUGUAGGUGCCUCGGGCAUGGGAGGCAUGGUGAAGGGUAAAGGUGGUGAAUGGGAAGAACGUACAGACAGCGUGAUGCAGAUACUCAGGACGAUAUGUCUGAAGUACGGCGCGGCUCUGUUUUACACAACACCACUGCCUGCCACUCUACAGGUGGUUAGGCAGUAUGCAUUGCAUCUCCUCUUCGUCCCUCCAGCGCCGUCAUCAGGGAUGUCGUCCGCUGAUGGACUGGCCCCAGCUCGUAAUCCUUUCUCUUUCCAACACAAGCCGAAUACGCUGGACCGCGAUCGCAUUGUAGUGCCUGCUGGCUGGGAUAGCUGGGGGAAGAUAACAGUGCUUCGCGAAGGCUUUGAUCCAAAGGCAUGGGGCGAAGCUUGGGAGCGCGAUUUGGACGCCAUGAACGGGGAACCUUCGGAAGAGCCAGGAGCCCGCAAGUUGUUCAAUGCACUCGUUCCGGAUCAAGCACCGAAGCCCCCGCCUUUACCGCCUUUCAACAAUCCCACGCCAGAGCAAGCAUUCCUUGCCAAACACUACGACGAGAACGCGAAGAAGCCUGAUCGCGAUCCGAGAGGUGCCUUCCGUAACCCUGCGGAACCCGCUAUGGGUAUUGUCGGUCCCCUCGGUAGCAGUAGCUUUGCUUUACCGAACGUUGAGCGAGCGCUGAGCGAGAUGGAGGGUGGUGCGCUCGGGGGUGUUAGCGACAAGCUAAACGUCAGUGUGGCUGGCAAGCGUACUUCGUCACGGCCAUCUGCAUCUGCCAUGGCCGCCAGUGCCAGCUCGGGAAGGGCUUCGGCUGCCUCGCCUAUCUCGCCCACCACACCUGGUUCCGCUGGCGGUCAAACGCAGCACCAAGUGCUUCACAACUUCUUCCAAAGCUUGUUGACACCUAAAGACCGAGCCUUAGCUGGUGGCAACAUCUCCCGGUCUACUUCAACGAAACCCAAUGGGACGGAGGAGAGCAAUGGCUCGUAAAUUGUACGAUAUCUGCUCUUGCACCGAUACCCAACCAUAAUUUGUUACCAUUUCGUGACUGGGCUCCUGAUUUCUCUCCGGAAAUGCGAUGUCCGAUUGCAGCGGAGCUGAACCAAAUUGACGCCACAAUUUCCAUACAACAGUAAACAAUUCCC